AUGGUCUCACUCCGCCCCGGUGAUAAAACACACGACAAAGAAUACCGCGAGAACCAAGACAAGUUCCUAACCCGCUGCCAAACCGAAUCUGGCCCCGUCUUCAAGCUCUUGAUCCACCGGCUCCAAAUCACCGUCGUCUCGGACGACUUCAUCCGCGAGAUGUUUCUCAACGAGAACUUUUCCAAUGUCGACGCGUUGAAUGAGUUAAUGGGAGUGAAGACUUUCUUGCACUCGUUGAUCAAGUCUGGCAAGAACCAUGAUGCGAGGAUCCAAAAUUCGAUUAUUUUGGAUCAUUUGACACCGAGUUUGCCAAAAUACCAGGCCGAGAUGGUGAGUAAAUCUACUGGUACGGUGUUCAUGGGCGCCGAAGUGGCCAACAAUUCUAAGGCGCUCGAGACAUUCAUCAUGUCAAUGCGCGACUUUACCAGCGUCCUUGGCCUGAACGACGUCAACAUCCCCUUCUGGCGCCGCUGGUUGAACCUCAAACUUAUGCACUUCAACAACCCGCUCAAACAUCGCGUCCAGACCCUCGCCGAAGCCGCCACACCCGUCAUUAUCGAACGCCGCCGACGCGAGGCACGACUCAUCAACGAGGGUGUCGAUGCCCCCCAGUUCAUAAAAACACGCCCGCACGAUAUCCUCCAAAAGAUGCUUGACCGGUUCGACGAAUAUGGGUUUGUAGACCUGGAGGAUAUCUGUGGCCACAUCAUGCUCCUGAUCCUAACCAGCGUUCACACAACCAUCGAUGCCUCCAGCUCAAUGGUCUACUACCUCGCCGCCUACCCCGAGACCAUCCCUGUCCUCCACCGCGAGCAAGUCCAGGUCCUUGAUGCGAUCCAACAGGAGCGUCAACAAGAACGCGCCUCCUGCCUCAGCAAAUGCCUCGAAAUCAGUCCAGAGCUUGACCCAGCCCACGACCGCGACCUGAGCUCCGCAGCCCUGAAGCGAAUGGUCCAUCUCGACUCGUUCCAACGAGAAGUCCUUCGCUGCCGUACCGAGGCCCUCACACACUUUCAUAUGGCCCGCAAAGAAAACAUCCUGUCCAACGGAAUGGUGAUCCCCAAGUACGGCAUGGUGCUCGCCAACCUAACUUCAACCCACGCCAACAACUCUGUAGCCCAUGGCGCCAACCCUGGAAAGUUCCAUCCCUGGAGAUACGUUGGCACCUUUAAGACGAUGACCAAGGUCGGGGUGGACUACUUGCCGUUUGGGAUGGGAAAGCAUGUUUGCCCGGGCCGGUUUAUGGCCAGUCAGCAGACAAAGACUGUGGUAUCGUUGAUGGUGUCCAAGUUUGAAAAGAUUGAGUUCCAGGACUUGGGUCAAGCGGGCAGUGUGCUGAGAACUCAACACGGAAAUGUCGCUUCGCCAGCUCUCGUCUUCACCAGCCGAGGGCAACAACCGCCUCAAUUAUGA